AGCUCCUCGGUGAAAAAAUAAGCACCGGAAAUUCUGGGUGGGAGGACCGAAAUACAAAGGCGUGUCUCUCGGGGCUAUCAUAUUUCUGUCGUCAUCACUUGGGGGUUCGAUCCGUGAGAAUACCAGGGAUCAGGCAGAUAUCAACAAGCAUGUACUUUCACAUCAUUCUGGCGGCUGCUUUUCUUUUUGUUGUGUCAGGAGAAGCAGACAUACCCGCUGACAUGCACAGUAGUACUGCUGCAGGGGGAGAAACAGAAAGCGAAAGUAGCGGCCUUGAUUCCGAAAAGAGUGAAGAAUCUGUCCCUUCGACGGGUGAAGCAAGCGGUUCUCAAGUGAACCUAUCUCCGUUUGAAAAGUAUAAACGUCUGUUUAAUGAACACAGGUCGAGACAGCUGGAAGCUGUGAAAUCCAUUCUUAAUUUUGGAGAUGAAAAGCAGAGAUAUGAACUUAUUAAUGUGAUGUUGAAACAACUCUUCAAGACAAUCGAGCAGGCUAAGGUAAAUCUGACAAUGUCUGGAUUUCUGCCGGGAGAUCCUUUCCCCGAGAAUGACACCGUCAGGGAUUAUGUGUCGAAAGUGUUGGAGAACACGGCCAUGUUUGGCGACAUGGUUCUCCGCCUGCCCGACCUGGUUCACGACCUCUACGACCGACAGCGGGAGUGGCAACUGCUGCUAGCCUGGAGCUACGGCUUCUGCACGCAGUCCGGCGCCUUCGAGGGACCCAAUGAGCAGCUGCUGCAUUUGAUGGCUCAGGAAGUGGGCAUUAUAGCAAUGGAUCCAAAUUAUGUGAACCCCUUUAAAGCUGCAAAUCAAAAGAAGAAACGAUAUGAGGAGCCGGCCAAACCUGCGAAGAAAAAGCAGAAGAAAAUAAGACGAGGCCCAAGGUUGAGCCACUCAGAGUUGUAGCCGAGUGAUGGGGGGGGCGACGAAGUGUUGAGAUGGAUGUUUUCCUGUGCUUUUGUCGACUGUGCGACUGUUUGUGUGUUUUACUUACUGCAUGUGAAAUCUUGGGGGGGAAAAGUAGUGGACCAUGUUUUUCAUAUGAAAAAGUUUUCCACACGUUGAUCCCAGCACGUCUGAACUGCACCUGUCUCAAAUGUUUUGAAGUAUACUAUAUUCUAUAUCAUAUAUGUAAUAUAUGCGCUCCCUUGUUACGUAAAGCCAAAUUCCUGUUCAGUUAUUAUUGCAUCCUUGAUUUUUAGCUUACUGAAGAUUGUACAUAUAUAUAUUUGUUCUUUGAGUGUUGCUGAAUUAUUUUCGGAGAGUUCAUGAAAGAUAACGGUUAACUGAUAUAAUAUGUGUACGUGAGUUGUAUUGAGUUUCUUUUCAUCUGAUUGUUGACGAUUUUAUAGUGCUUUUCCCCAUAGUUCUUUCUUAUAUGUAUGUAUAUAUACAGGUGGGCCAUUUGCUUGUGGUCACAUUAUUAAUUA